GCGGUCGUUCGCGCGUUAUGCUUACACGCAAACAUUCUUUAUCUACUCACUCGUACGUGCGUGGCUCUGAGGUGGAAUUCCAUUUUUGAAAUUUAAAAUUAUAUUUUUUAAUUUUGUGCUUCUCCGUUUGUAUUUCUGCGAAGUGUUAAUCGAGUUGUGCGUCGAAGUUGCAACAGAAAAAAUAACCAAAGAUAAAAAGGCGUUGCACGAGAACAUAAGAAGAUCGUUGUUCUACUAAUAUUGCAGGUAUCAAGAUGGGUCAUGCCAGAAUUUUGAUCAAGCUGGUCCUCCUCAGCCUGGUCCUCCACACGCAGAGCGCGCCAUCACGAAGAUCACGAGAUGCCGCCCUCCCAGAGGAAUCCGCCAGACAGAGCAAACUACAGGAUAAAUUCAAAGACAUAACGUCAACAGAAGCACCAUCACCAUCCAAUCGAAGAAACAAAGCACUCAACCUAUUUGGAUACUUCCCAUCUUUCCUGUCUUCCGGCCUAGACUACACAGAAGACGACGAUGAAGACGUCAGGUUCUCGGUUAACGACGACAACUUCGACGAUGAUGACUUAUCACGAACCAUACCUUCAAGGAGACGCCAACAGAACAAGAAGAAGAACGGCAAUGGAGAUUCCUUUCAAAACGAUAACAUAAACUCACUUCAAUACGAUAAUUCUCCUAUUUUCUACAUUAGGCUGCCACCCACACCAUAUAUGUUCGUUCCAGGAAUGGGUUAUGUGUCACAGCCACCCAGUCUAGGACCAAUGGCUCCAAUGCUUCCAAAUAUGGCCCCUCAGGAUCCUUUCAUCAAUCUUCCUCUCGACUUUGUCUCUAAUGGGAAACCAACUGGAGUAUAUCAAUGGAACGGAGCGCCUGGAUAUCCGCAAGCGCCUCAAAUGACUGAUCCAUUCGGCUACGGUCCGCCUAUGAUGCCUUCUCGUCCUAACUUCAACGCUCCAAGCUAUCCACAGAAGCCAGCACCAGCUCCAUCCAACUCAAAGGUCACAAAUUUGAAGGGUCCCUACGUAUUUAACGGAAAACCAAGUGACAGUGUUUAUGUAUUGAGAGAUACUUAUAACUCUAUUUAUUCGGACGCUUUACAAAACUUCUAUCCCUAGAUAUCAAUUUUACAUUAAUUUAAUUAUUUAAAGUCUGGCUCGUAUCGAGCCAAAGUUUCAAGCGGUAUAACACGUCCAAGUUUUUUUUAUGCCUUUUUAAGUGUAAGAGCGAGUAAAUGAUCCAUCUAAUGCUAAGCGGAUCUUGAUCACAUCACUCUGUGCCUGUCAAGCGUACACUUAAGGGGGAAUGCCUCAUGUUUCUGCAACUUCAUCCGCCCUCUUUAAACCAGAACACAAGUGUCUUAAUUCUUCAACUUUCUGUUAAUUUGUGACUCAUUCGAGUGAGGCUGAAAAUUGCUCAAAACUAAUCUUGAUAGAAAGUUACAAAUGUUUGAAAUUUUGUGAUAGGACAGCAUUCCACUUAGGUCUUUUUUUAGUUAUGUAGGAUGCGGUAUGGAUUUGAGCAUCAUAUGCCGAUAAGUAAAAAAAUGCGAUUCUGUAAGGCGCUGGAAACGACAAAUAGCAUUAUAGUAUGAAUUUGUGUGACACAGUACAGUUUUUUCAUUCCCCUUUUUGAAAGAGGGAUGUAGUCUUAUAUUAUUAUUAAUGUCUGCAGCAGACAGUUGCCAUAUUGCAACUGGUCCUAAUUCAUGAAAUGAUUGCCUGGACCUAUCCUCACUAUGAGUUCAACAAGAUAGCCGCUUGUCACUCUUUCAACUCGCGGGGAUUAAAUAAUAACUAAGUUUAUAUUGUACUCAAAAUGAUACCUACGCUUUGAGAGGAUCGGUCUAGGAGACAAUAUAAUAAUAAUAUGUAAUAACUCUCUAAUAAUAACAAGCUUUCGUAAAUUAGGAAAAACACUACAUAGUAAUAACGAAUUAAGCAUUUAUAUUAAAUUAUAAUAUUAUGAUCUUAGUUGGUUUUUGUAAUGAAACAUAAGGCAGAUUUUGCGUUGUGUUAUAUAUAGGUCUAAAUUUCAGACAGUAAAACGUGGAAUAAAAUAUUUGGGAUUGAAAACUUGUCACGAAAUUCAAUUAUUGUAGUGUAUCGGAUCGUACCUAAUGCAGGCUUCGACGAGAGGUGGGAUGGUCUGCAUCCAGCGCUUGUGUCUUUCGAUAUCAUAUUAUAUACUCUGGGGUCGGUCCUUCAUUUCUGAAGAUUGUUGUCAGUAUUACGAUUUCAACUCGAGAGCGUGUCUCUUACAACCGUGAAGGUUUUGGAUGACGAGUCUUUGAUCGGUUCAUUUAUUGAAGAACGACCUUGCCUUCGGCAUUAUAUUAUGUCUAUUUAACUUAUACAAUUUUUCAAAAGUUUUACUUACUAUUAAUAGUGAUUGUUACCUAUAUAUAACAAUUACUUCAUCUUUCUUCUUAUAAGGGUUUAUCUAAUUUUUCAGCUUAUUCGAAACUCGUAGUACAAUUGUCAUUGUAAAUCUACAUUCGAAAAUUUGAUGGCUUUAUUUACCAUGUUAUAAUCUAUAUAAAGUAUGUAUAUUGUAGUACAAUGAAAAAUAUAUUUAUCAGUAAUAAUAUUCAAUUUAAAAUAUCUAUAAUAUUCUGUAAAAUACUUGAUUUUCCACUGAAUAAGAAGCAAUAAAAUAAUUUUAAUUUAACAAUUAGUAGUAGUAGGUUGGUGAAAGCCCUUCAUUAUAUAUGUGAAUGUCGCAGGUAUAUUGUCAAAGACGUGAUAUUACAAUUUCAUAAGUGAUACUAUAACUUAACGGAAGAUUAUCAAUCUACUUCAUUUCUUACAAUUUAACGGCCCGGUUUUAGUGUGAUUGUAAUGUCACGGGUACAAUGUAGUGAUAUUAUAAUAAAUCUAGGUAUAUCACGAAUGAAGCAGUGUGAGACGUUGAACGAUUGGUAAUUUUUUUUUAAAUAUGCAAUAUGCAAAACAAUUAUAGUAAACAUUUGAGAGUGUAUGCAAUUUUUCGUUUGAAAUAAUUAUAAUAGGUAUCACUAGUGAAGUUGUAAUAUCACGGCUUUGACAAUAUAAUUGCGACAUAUAUAUUAUAAGCGGUGUAGUUGAAUGCGCAUUGGCAAUAAAUAGGGUCUCAGUGGCGGAUGGUGUGCGGGGAAUCUUUAGUACUGUGUAAGUACACAGUACUAAAGAUUCCGACAUAUAUUAAAGUUAAUAUUUGUAUGGGUAUGAAACUAUAAACGUCGUGAUCGGCUUAUGUUAUUUAUUAUCUUUAUUUCUCCUUUAAAGUCACUGUCGUUAAUUCAUCUCUCAUCAACAACUCUUUAUCAGCUAUCGUACGUGCGAAUUUUCGAACGAAAAAUGUUAUUAUAUUUCUACUGAAAGCGAGGGAUGUAACCACUGACCUCUACUAUAUACCACUGGACUGGCGGCUGUCAAAGUGCUUUUGUGCCUGUUUGAUGUACGCCAUUUUGGCGCUGUUGGCAAUGUAGUGAUAGUCUGCGGUACUAAAACUAGUGCUGAAAGCCUCAGCAAACAUCGAUAGAUUGUGUAACUAUUUACUACUAUUUAGUUGAUCCUUGAUGUAUAAAUAACACGGAAAACGAACGAAAUUAAUUCAAAAUGCAAAAAAUGCUUCAGAUUAUUGUACGUUCCUUUGCAGCCACUUGUAUUAUACGUCAAAAUUAGUUCUCUGGACGCUCGCGAGUGGUGCUUCAAAUAGGCACAAAAAUUUGUUUAUUUUGUUAAAAAUGGAUUAGCCUGUCCAGUGGUAUUAUAGAGGUCAGUGGAUACAGUACCUACUGCACAGAUUUAAAAUCAUUGGAACGCUGAAUAUACAUGUUAGUCUUAAAAACUGUUGAACAAAAGAGGUUGUAAGACUAAGGUAUCCAGUAUCACUUCGUACAGCCAGAGGAAGUGUCAUUACGGCCCAGAGAACUCAAAGAAGCACCGGGAACCGCGGGUCCAAAUAGUAAAGUUUUAAGGGCUGUCACAAUAGAUCAAUCUCUUUUAGAACUGCCACAAAAAUGGCUUAAAAUACUAAUAAUAAUAAAACCUUACUGGAUUAAAAAGCGCCGACACAUCUCUAAUUCCAUUGCCUAACUUCCGGGAGUCGCUUUUCCGAUCCCUUUUAUAAUUAUAUACUAGACAACCGAUGAAAACAGUCCAGGUUUAUUACUUUAGUUUGCGUGUCAAGGUACGUCUUGCACUCGCGAUUUGUUUGUCACUUUGUGUUAGUGUGCAUGGAUUGCUCAAAAAAGAGGUAAACUGUCAACGUCAUCUUUUUCGACGUUUAGACAACUGUCACAGACUAUCUAGAUUCUAGAUAUAUACAUGAUCUAAGGCUACAUGUUAUAAUGUGCGCAUUCAUUUUACUUAUGUUAUAACGCUGGGGCCAAUACUCGUACGUUUAGUAAUCUUAAUAUUUUAAUAUAUCAUAAAUAUUACUAGAUGUUAUAUUGCUUAUACUAUUUGUAAAACGUAGUAAUCAUGUACUUAGUCAUUAUGUAGACGCAAUUCUUUUAAUUUAUUUUCUCUAUUUAAUAAUAAUAUUUAAGGCGUACAAAAAGUUAACUUUGUAAGUAUGCAAAAUUGUGAUUAACGAUCCGUCCAAUUAAUUUAUAUGUACCCAAUGUACAGUUAUUAAAUAAGUUUAUUUUUGUCUGAACAAUGUAGAUAAUUAUUGUGACUUAGGUAAUUAAGUUGGUAUUAUUUUAUUUAAGGUAUACUAUAUUAGGAUAUAGUAUUAUAUAAGGUUUACUACAUUAAUAAAGUAAUAUGUAUU